AGGCGUUGGUGGCCACGGUUUUGGGGAGCAUCCGAGGCCGCUGCGCCGCCUUCCACAGGCUCUGGGACUUCCUCUCCCGGGCAGUUCCGGGAGGCGAACGACUAAAAACAAACAGCUGAAGUUUCUCCUGCGCGCUGGCAAAUCCCAGGAGCUCUGGGCGCGUGGGCUGGGAGCGAGCGGAGCAGAAACCUGGAAAUGAGCCGCGGCUCAAGCGAAUCCUACGCAUUCGUGGUAGUAGUGCUGGAUAGACAGUGUACAGAAAGUGGGCAGAGAAUUCUCGCUUCCAAUAUUAGCAGCUAAGUGUUAAUCAGCAGCUUUUUUGCUCCGCAGAGGGGCUAUUAAAAGCUUGGAGAGAAAGAAAAUCGUGUUGGAGUUCGUAGUUGAGCCCUCUCUGCUUUGGAGGAUGAAAUUGCGCAAGGAAAAGAACAGAAACCUUUAACUUGUAACUAAAAUUCUCCAUAGUUGAGUUGCAUGGUACAGACAGACAACUCGGUGCGUAAUUGACACAGAACUAAGGGAAGAGGGAGAAAGGACGUCUGCCUCUUGACCUCAUCUCAGCCGUAGGCGGUGGCGACCUUUAUGAAAACGCCAGAUUGGUCACUGGGGAAUCAAAGGAAGAGUAGGAUGAGAGUUUUCAAGGGAAGUUAGUCUAGACAUGCUACUCUGAAAAUCACAAGGCAGAAGUGGUUAAAAGCUGAGUUUUAAAGAAGCAAAACAAACAAGCAGUAUGAGCUUGUCCUUUUUCUUACUGGGAUAUAAGUUCCCCGUAUUAUCACAUCGAAAAAGAUUCUGAAAUAAGAGUGUAUAGGGGAAAACCUUUGAGGGAAAUUUGGGUCUAUUUGAUCGUGGAAUAAAAGCUCAUUAUUCAACUAUAGCCCACUGCUCGGUUCCGAGCGCCCUCCCUCUCCAGGUGCUCCUCCCAAGAGAGGUCAUUAGCCAAGGUGGAUCGCUAAUGGGCGUCCAUCUACAGUCAGUGUGGACAGGACAGGCCAUUUUCCCUCUCGAGCCGGAUUGAUCCAGAUGGCUGGGACAUGCCCGGGUGCCCUUCGCACGGUGACCACUGCGCUCUCCCUGGAGUAUAGGAAUUGCUUCGGCUCCCAUCCCGCAGCCCGCGUGGGAGAAGCCUGGGAAAGAGGUGGGGAGAGACCGUCGGGAGAGAGGGCCACUGCUGUUGAAGCCCUUCCCCAGGCGGGACGCCACAGUCCCCCGCCGGCGGGCCAUGGCCGACAGCGGCGGCACGGGUAGCUCUGGGCCCUGGUGGAAAUCGCUAACCAACAGCAAGAAGAAAAGCAAGGAAGCCCCCGUCGGGGCGCAGCCUCUGGCUCAACCGGCCCCCGGGGAGGCCAGCCCGCCCAGCCUAGACUGGACUAGCAGCUCCCGAGAGAACCAACACCCCAACGUCCUCGCGGGUGCUGGCGAACCCCCCAGGCCAGACAAAUUGUGCGGGGAGAAAUCCGGCAAUAGCCGCCGCAAUUUGAAGAUCUCGAGGUCUGGCCGCUUUAAGGAGAAGAGGAAAGUGCGCGCCACGCUGCUUCCGGAGGGAGACAGGUCCCCAGAGGAGGCGGACUUCCCUGAUGACGCCCAGGAGGACAAGCAAUAGUCGGAGUGAGCGCUCUAAGGCUUGUCUCUUUCCCACUAUGACCCCAGUUCCCAGUUCUAAACCUGAGAAUUCUGACCCGCCCUUCUACUUGGUGACUCACCCCACCAAAUUCAUAAUAUUCACCAGAGGCCUCCAAGAUUUUAUUUUUCUGGAAAUUGAAGUGUCAAUUGAGUUCUCAAUAUUUCAUGACUCAAAGAUGCAUUAAGUAUUUAUUUGUGGUAAGAGAAGAUACAUGCCUCUGAGGAAGUUGGCGUAAUUAUUUUUUUCCAGGGAGAUGUUCUGGGGCCUUGCCCUGUUCUUGUUAUCUGUGGGAGUCAGAGUGAUGGAGGGGGUCUUCUUUCAGAAAAAGUAGCCGAACUUGAACUCUGCAGCCUUCAAAUGAGGCUGCUCUUACUGAAGAUUUUGAAGACUUUCGUGAAGGGCAGACUGCAGUGCUGUUUUUAAGGCCUGAGAAAUGUACUUCAGGGAUACUUCCAUAGACUUGCAUCUUAAGUGAAGGGGUGGGGAGAGAAGAAGCAUUAAGUAGAAGCAUUUCAAAGUGAGGCAGUAUUGCUUCAAAGAUGGAACUACAAAACCCUACCACCUGUUUUAGUGUGGACUAUUAAAAUUGUUGCACUGUAAGCCUUAA